GUCGAAUCGUUUUCUACCACUCCCCAUACCACGACCUCAGUCGUCCGCUCAUUUAAGACCGUCCGUCGCGUCGACUCGUCUUUCGCCACUACUACUUUCAUGGUAGAACUUCCGGCGGAGGCCUUAUGCUGUACGGUAUCGGGUCGGGUCCCCACCCCACCACAUGCCGUAUGCUCGCGGGUGACUUCCAUGGCGGCAUGCCGGCAAUCCUAAUGGACGGCGCCAGGCGUCGACGCUGGUAGAAACUGCGGGCGGUUGCGAUUUGGUACCCACACCAGUGGAGGAGAGGAGGAGCAGCGGAGGAGAGGGGUCGGCCAGGACGAGAGGAGGAGGGAGGCGGGUGAAAAGAAUCGAGGAGUGCGUGUCGCGUGCGGGUUACGGCAACCGAGAAAUACCUUCUCCACUAGAGGAAACGGUGUUUUUCGACUCGAAGGGUAUUCUAGGUCACUGAUCGCUCUCCUUUUCUCCUUCUGAUCGGUGUCAGGAGAACUAUUUAUCCUUCUCGCCCCAUAUUUCCCGCUCCCGUCUGUCUAGGAGCAAGAGGCGUGAACGGCAGGCAGGCAGGCGUAGCUAGAAGGUACUACUCCGUGGGGGGGUGAACGAUGGUAUGGGACAAGGGCAAGGGGAGAGGGAUGGGGGGGAAGGGGAGCCGCGGCAGGGAUUCGGCGCACGGCGGCGGCGGCGGCGGAAGCGAGGAUGAGGAGGAGAUCGAGGACCUGGUGUUCCUCGUCGGCGUGGCGCGCAACAACACGCUCGUCGCGCGCUACACCACCGACCUCAAGUUCGUUCCAGUCGCGCACGACGUGCUGCGCGCCGCGCCGCCGUUCCUCUCCAAGGUCUCCCUCGCGCACGACACGCUCAUGGCACUGCUGCUCGUCGACAAGGCCGGCACCGGCAGCAGCAGCAGUAGUAGCGGCGGCGGCGGCGGCGGUGGUGGCGGCAGAGACGGACCCGGUUCCAGCAGCCAUCACAGUAGCAACAGCGGCGGUGGCGGUGGCAACGGCGGGGGUGGUGGCGGCAGCAGCAGCAGCAGCAGUAAGAAGGGUGGCGGCGGCAGCAGCAGUGCUGGCAGCGUGUGGGGGUUAGUGGGCCCAACCAGCCCACGGCCGAUUACAAUGUCCCGGGGAAAUCACUCUGCAGCCGCCUUCGCUGGCUUUGCUGCUGCCACUACCUCUGGUGGUGGUGGUGGUUCUGUGGCCCCUUCUAAUACCUUCUCUACUCCUCCCCACCCUCCUCCUAACCCUGCCACUCACACCCCCCUCACCAUAUCCGACAGCAGUGGUGUCACCACAACGGGCGUGCUUAUAGCGAGGAUGUGCGAGGGCGAGUUCGAGCGUGCAGAUGGGUACAAUCUCUUAAAAAAGGUGCUCAAGGCGUUCAAGGAGGCCAGCAAUUCUCACCGCCGCUCCGCCAGCAGUGUCUUCAUCCGCUCCCUCUCUGCUGGCGCGGGCCUGCUCACAGGGUCACGGGGGAAAGAAGGAGGAGGGGUUGGAGGGGGGGGAGGAGGCGGAGGGGGGGUGGCAGGAGUUGGCGGCGCUAGUGGUGCUGGCAUGUGCAAUUCAGCUUCGGCAGGCGGGGCUGGUGCAUUUCCAAGCAGUGUUUCUGUUUCUCGCGGGGUUCAGGCGGGAGCAGGAGCAGCUGCAGCAGCAGCAGCAGCAGCAGCAGCAGCAGGAGCAGGAGCAGGAGCCCCGGUGAGAGAGGGUGGGUCUGGGGACGGGCGUUCCGUGGCAGACGCUGCAGUGGUAGCAGCGGAGCUGGGAAUCAACCUGCCGCGCCUGGAGAGCAAGCUGAGGGCCAUGGUGAUCCAGUUCAGAGCCCCCGUGCAAGACCCCGAGCUCAUCUUCCCCUACAGGGACGCUCCAGGCGCGUACCUAGUCCAGCCCCCCGAGCCUGAGCCCAAGGCUGAGGCGGAGGCUCGGGUGAGAAAGGAGCGGGCGAAGCGGCUGCUGGAAGACGAGCUGAACCUUAUAACGGAGCAGAUGAUAGACGACGUGAGAGGGGAGGCUAGAGCGGCGGGCAGGGGGGCAGGGGGUGAGGGGAGGGGGGGGGGGAGGGUGGUGGCCGUGCCUGUUCGGCCCAAGUUCUCUAGAAGCCAUGGGUUCAGAAGCCAGUCGGAAGGUAGUCUGGUGUGGGGGACGAAGGAAGAGGAGUAUAUUCUGGAGGAGGAGGAGGAGGAGGAGGGGAAAGAGGAGCAGGGGGAGAGGACGGGGGACAGUGGUGGGGUUGCAGGGAAGAUUGAAACACCUGCAAACGUCCCGCCAGCUGGCGCUGUGCCUCCCAUGCCACUCCCGUACCCACUCACGCCCCCACUGCUCUCUAACCUCCUCCCUUUUCUGCUCUCCGCCCCUCCUCAUCUUUCCUCUCCUCCCCCCUCUGCUCGUUGCCAUCUCUUUCUAUCGUUCUUCUCUUAUUUCCUUGCUCUGUUCCUCUCUUUCUCCUUCUUCCUCCCCAUCCCUCACUCCCUCUCUACCUCCCUCUCUUCCUCCCUCACUCUUGUCUCGUCCGCGCCCCUCCCUCCGUCCCUCCCUCACACGGGCCUGCCUGCCGUUUUCCCUUCCUUUCUGGGUGCCUGCCUCCGAUUCCUCCAUAACCUCGUUCGUCUGUCCGUCCGUCCACCCGCCCGUCCGCCUGUCCACCCGCCCGACCGUCCUUCCCUCCCUCCCUCCCUUCCUUCUCCAUCUCUCCCCUCUUUCGCUCUGCUGUCUUCUGGUCCUCUCUUUCUCUCCUCCUCCCUCCCCUUCCGCUCUCUCCCCUCUCCCUCCCUCCCAUCCCUCUCCCUUCGUAUCCCGUUCUCUUGUUCUCCUCUUUUUCCCUUCCCUUCCCCCUCCCCACCCCUCUCGCUUCCUCUCUCUCCCCCUCCCUCCCUUCCUCUCGCUCUCCCUCCCUCCCUCCCUCUCUCUCGCAUCGCCUGCUGCUGCAUCUGCAUGCCUGCUGGCUCCCUCUGCGUCAUGUUGCGUGCAGGAGGAGGAGGAGGAGGAGGAGAGGAUAACGGGAGCGUGCCAGGAGCACCAGCAGCAGCGACCGCAACAGCAGUAGCAGCAACAGCACACAUGGCAGCAGUGGCAGAAGGAGCAGCAGCCGUAGGUUCUCUUCCUGGUAUGCCCCCACGGAGCCCUCUGAGGGUUCCUGCGGGUGGCGGUGGUAGGAGGGAGAUGAUUCUUAUCAAGGAGCCGAAGAAGAGCAGGCGGCAGAGGGCUGCAUCUGUUGGUGGCGGUGCUGGAAGUGGGAUGGGAGGGAGAGUGUGUAUGGAAGGGCAAGGUUUAGUUAGUGCUGGAAGUAGUACAGGGGAGCAGCAGCAGCAGCAGCAGCAGCAACAGAAGGAGCAGCAGCAGCAGCAGCAGCAGCAGCAGAAGGAGCAGCAGCAACAGCAGCAACAGCAGAAGGAGCAGCAGCAGCAGAAGGAGCAGGAGGAGAAGCAGCAGGAGCAGCAGAAUCCAGUGCAGCAGAGUAGAUUGUCAACAAUGGCACAGCAGCAGCAGGAGCAGGUAGUUUCACAGGCAGAAGCACAAUCUGACUUAGGAAUGGGUGGAAAGGCCUCCAAGGUUGCCGAGAUAGAGCUGUCAGCCCAUCAGCAGCAGAAACAACAGGCAGCAGACCGCCAGCAACAGCAGCAGCAGCAGCAGCAGCAGCAAGUCCAGCUGGAAGCGGCAUCCCUCUCUGGCGCAAGUCAGGAGGCAGCGUCUCAUGAUGACAUGGACGUACCGACACCAAAAUUAUUUGCCAUGCACUUCUCUUCCUCCACCUCUGCCUCUGCCUCUGCCUCCUCCCCCUCCCCCUCCCCCUCCACAGCUUUUGCCAUCCUUCCACAACCGAAACCGGCUCACUCGUCGUCCUCCCCUUCCUUGCACUCCCCUGCCCCUGCCGAGUCCUCCACCCCCUCCUCCGGCUUCUCCUCCCCCCCUCCCGCCUCCUCUUUCUCGCGGCGUCUGAGUAACCGCGUGUUGCGCAGAGGGUGGUCGUCCGAGGGGCCUGGCGAGAGGAGCAGGCCCAAGGCGGCAGCUGGAGAGGGGAGCAGGGAGAGAAUGGGGAUGGGUGGGUACGGUGAGCGGGAGAGUGCUUUGGUUGGGGAAUAUUCGAGGCUGAAGCGGCCCUCAAGCAGCGGAGGGGCACUGGGGAGUGGAGCUCGUUCCAGUGGUGCUGGUGGUGGUGGUGGUGGUGUCGGGCGGAGGGUCACAAGCAGCGUGCGAUGUGCUUAUGGCGAUGAUGGUGCCGAUAGCUUGGACGUUGAUGAUGGUGAUUGCAGCAGUGCUAUUUACGGCGAAGGCGGUGCAGGAGGAGCCUCGUCUAGAAUCUCAAAAGGGGGGCUGUCUCUCCCUCGCUCCAGCCACCCCUUCUCCUCCACACCCGGCGCGCCGUUCAGCGUGUCUGUCUCAGGGGCAUGGCUGCAGUUCAGCCGCUCACUCCGCCUGCUCUCCCCCUUGGACCUCUGCGGUGCGCCGCAGCCCUUCAGAGCACGGACAGCAGGGGGGGGGCUGUCUGGCACAGGCGGGUUGCGGGGGCGAGCAGGAGCGUGGGGGGGAGCGGGGGGAGGGGAGUCGGGGGAUGAGUUGGAUUGGAGGGAGAGGCUGCUGGAGCGGCGCAGGGAAGGGGGGUUCCAGCGCUCGUCAUCACUAAGCGAAGCAGAGGCGUACCAGCACCUGGGGCUGUAUGGACUAGAUGAGGAUGGGUAUGAGCAGGAGGGGCCGGCGGGUGAUGAGGGUGAAUCGGGCGGCAGGGAGGGGAGGUGGAGGGGCAGGAACGGCACUGGGGCUGGUUGUGGCUCGGGUGUGGGUGGCCGCAGUUCCAGCAGCAAGUCAGCUGGGGAUGAUGCUACUGCUGGCGCCGCCGUUGCUGCUGCUGCAACUGGUGCUGCUGCUGCUGGUGCCUCUGGUGUUGCCGCUGCUGGUGCUGCUGGUGUGAGCUCUGGUGGUUUCAGCGCGGCAGGCUUUGCUGCUGGUGGUGACGUUCUGAGCUUCCUGUCGUGUGGCUUCGGAGGAAGCGGCCGGCCGGGAGGAGGAAGGGCGGCGGCGGUGGGAGGGGGGCGAGGGCAGCACCAGCAGCACAGCGGGGGCGGGGGUGGUGCAGGGCUUGCAGCGUGCAUUGGCGGUGGUGGUGGUGCUGCUGCCGGCAACCCGAUCAGGAUGGGAGCGGCUCGUGCAGGUGCUGCUGAUGACGAUGAUGAUGGUGAUGAAUCGUUGUUGCUUGGGUACACAAAAAUCGAUGUGGAUGGCGAGUCUCUGGGGGACUCAGGGAGGCGAGGGGAGGAGGAGGAGGAGCAGGGGGUGGGGUUGGGAGGAGGGGGAGGGGAAUUGGGGGGGACGUGCAUGGCUGUGGCGGGAAGGGCUGCCUCGUCUGGAGCAGUGACUGCGACUUCAGCUGAUCCAUCGUCUGCCUCCUUCGCUCCAGCCACCUCACGGCACAAUAGGUUGUUUCUGCUCGUCGCUGUGUUGACCCUUCAAGCCAUCGUUGGUGCUGCCAUUGCCUUCCUCAUUCUCUUCACCUGAUAGGUCCACGUUCCAGGUUAAGUUUGAGUCGCAAUCGACCUGUGCUGUCUGUCUGUGCUUGCUGCUACACGCAUGUAGGAGGCCUGGAGCACUGUAGGACAGUAAUGCCGCCUCCGCCACCUCCGCCACACCGUUUUGUUUGCUUGUUUCAUUUCUGGAGUUGCUCCCAUGGUUCAGCACAACGCACCAUAUUGUUAUAAAGUCACCAGUCCUAACCACUGGGACAAGAAGGGAUGUCCUCAGGAAAGUUAGGCUCCAUACCGUAACCCCCCACAUAUAUCACCCUAGGGACUCCUGGAAAAUUCAAUCAAUUUUUUGUGAUGUACGUUUAUAUGGCUGGAAAUACUUAGGACC